GGAGACAGAGAGAGAAACGGAGAGCGAGCGGAGCGACAGAGCGGCGAGCUAGAGGAGAGAAAGCCCAGACUGAGGAGAGGAAAGAGAGGGAGAGGUGUGGAGGCGCCGCUGCUCUUCAGGAAUGGCCUCUGACGCUUUCAGGCGCGUACAAAGUACGAAGUAGACUCUCGUUUUGGAUUACUUUGCUCGCCGGAGAGUUUGGCUCGCGCUCAGAGUUUGCAGGCGUCUUGUGUGUGUGUGUGUGUGUGUGUGAGAGAGAGUGGGUGUGUGUGUGUGUGCGCGAGUGUGUGAGUGGAGGGAGAGAUGAGUGACCGCAGGCGCUCGGCCGCAGCGCUGAGCUCCAGAGCGCACGCGUUCUCCGUGGAGGCCCUGAUCGGCUCCAACAAGAAGCGCAAGCUGCGGGGCUGGGAGGACAAGGAGCUGCAGCAGCUCUCCAUGGACAGCCUCACCGCCAACGGACAGCUGGGAGACGCCGAGGACCCUGCGCACUGUCUGGACAUAGACCCCGACUCGGCGGGCAGUCCGGGCUCGGAGGGGGACUGUGAGGGGGUGGUCUCAGGCUCGUGCUGCGAGCCCGCGGCAGCUGCUGCCUCUAUGGAGGAGAUUCAGGUGGAGCUGCAGUGCGCGGAUCUGUGGAAGCGCUUCCACGACAUCGGCACAGAGAUGAUCAUCACCAAAGCGGGACGGAGAAUGUUUCCAGCCAUGAGGGUUAAAAUAGUGGGACUGGAUCCUCACCAGCAGUAUUACAUAGCCAUGGACAUCGUCCCUGUGGACAACAAGAGAUACAGGUAUGUGUAUCACAGCUCGAAGUGGAUGGUUGCAGGAAAUGCGGACUCUCCUGUGCCUCCACGUGUCUAUAUACACCCGGAUUCACUGGCCUCUGGAGACACGUGGAUGAGACAGGUGGUCAGCUUUGACAAGCUCAAACUCACCAACAAUGAGCUGGAUGACCAAGGCCAUAUCAUCCUACACUCCAUGCACAAAUAUCAACCUCGUGUCCAUGUAAUCCGGAAGGACUUCAGCAGCGAGCUCUCUCCGACAAAACCAGUGCCCAGCGGGGAGGGAGUGAAAACCUUCAGCUUCCCCGAGACUGUUUUCACCACAGUCACAGCUUACCAAAACCAACAGAUCACCCGGCUAAAGAUUGACCGCAAUCCGUUUGCGAAAGGAUUCCGGGACUCAGGGAGAAAUAGGACUGGUCUGGAGGCCAUCAUGGAAACGUAUGCCUUUUGGAGACCACCUGUGAGGACGCUUACGUUUGAGGACUUCACUAACAUGCAGAAACAGCAAGGAGGCAGCACUGGCACCUCUCCCACUACCUCCAGCACUGGUACACCAUCUCCAUCGAGCGCCGCCCACCUCCUGUCCCCCUCCUGCUCGCCUCCCACCUUUCAUCUCGCGCCCAACACCUUCAAUGUGGGCUGCAGGGAAAGCCAGCUGUGCAACCUGGGUCUGUCUGAGUAUCCUGCCUGCGCCCGGAGCAACAUGGCCGCCCUGCAGAGCUACGGGGGAUUGUCCGAAGGCUCUUAUGGCCGCCUCCAAACGGCAGGAGGCAGCGUAACGUCCGGCCAGCCUUCAGACUCCUUUCUGCCUCAAAGAACUUCCUCUUUAAUAGCAGCAGGUAUGCAGGGUAGCACUCACGCCUCGCUGGCUACCAGUGGUAGCAGUGGAGGCGGUGGUGGCGGUAAGAUGGACGCUUAUGGAGGCCAGCUGGCAUCUUUCCCUGCCUCCCAGCUGCAGUACGUGAUGCAGGCAGGGGCGGGCUCAGCCUCUGGCUCCUCCUCCUCCCCAGGAACCUCACCUUCCUCCACCCACAUGUUCACUGGGAGCCAUCAUCAUGUGCAGCAGGGCUCGUAUAAUGCCUUUUCCUUGCACAAUCCCUACAACCUGUACGGAUACAACUUCCCAGCCUCACCGCGCCUGGCAGCCAGCCCAGAGAAACCUCAGGCAGGCCUGCUGUGCUCUUCCUCUUCAGCCGGAGCCUUCGCUGAGCGCCAAUACCUAUCCAGCAGCAGCAUGGACAGCAUGCACAUGAUCGGAAAUCCCACCAGUAGCCAGCAGGGGGCUGCGGCCUGUGAUGGCCGCCAGUAUGGCUCCUCCUCUCAAAUGUCCAUGCACAUGGUUUGAAAGAAAAAAAAAACAGAGUAAUGUGCACCAUCACAGCAAGAGACCAUAGCAAUUCAAUUCUCAGCUCUUAUGGAAUUUCGUUAUUUUUUUAAACCAGAUUUUUGAUCUGUGUUUUGAAGAGCAAGGCAGUUUGCCUGUGGUUGAACACCCAAUCCAUCUUCAUUCAUCUCUGAUGUAUAAAGGUACAGAGCAGUCCUUUAAAAAAAAAGGAACUCAUCAUCUCAAUACG